CCCUCUUCUUUCUCGAUGCUCAUUGAAGUCGCACCAGAAAUCAUUUUUUUCGCAAAAUUUAUUGGCAUUUUCUUUAAUUAAAUAGUGAAAUAUAUCGAAAAUUAGAGUAAAUAGUUCCCUCAAUCACUUUAACUGACAUUCUGGUCACACUGACCCACAUACAUUGAGAUUACACUUACGCGUCUUUUUUUUCUUCACACUACAUAAAGAAUAGUUUGAUCAAAAAAACGACGACGAUUAUUCCGUAAAUGGAAGGUGAUAAUACUGACGUGGAAACCGCAAAGAUGGAGAUGCAAUCCAAAGAAGAACAACAUGGGAAUCCUGAGAAUCUCAUCAGCCCUUUCAAGACGACCUUUCUGGAUCUUCCGCUAAUGGAUCUGAUGCCGAUAAUUGCACAAUAUCUCGAACCUCAGGAUUUGUUUGCACUGCGCUGCACUUCGCAUUACUGCAAGCACGUGGUGGAUGAUGUUGGAUUUACCUAUCUUGGAAUAGUUGAUCUGACAUAUUCUGGGUGUGGUUGGUGGACGUAUUCAAAAUAUUUUGAUCGUCCAGGUGAGAAGAAAUAUAACAGCAGAAUCGCAAUCAGGGAACGCAUCAUGCAGAAAUGCCGUAAAGCUCGAAAGUUAAAGGUUGCUAAAGACUGGAUCACCAAUGAUUUGAUGUAUGAAUUUCUCAAGAAUAAUCCUUCCCUGGAGGAAUUUGAGCUUGACGAAAGUUCCCCAAUCUCGAAUGAAGCUCUCAAACCACUGCUGAAUUGCAAGAAUCUUACUGUGCUAAAGGUUCCUUAUUCACAAUGUGGUGACAAUGAGUUCCUGAGAAGUCUAAGCCAGCACAACAAUCAUCUGCUGAAGAUUGAUUUUGAAGCUAGCAGUUGCCGGACGUCGUACUCUCCUCAAGUUAUUAAGGAGUUCAUUUCCAAACAACCGCAUUUGCAGUACAUCCGUUUGCCGUAUGUCGACGAUUAUGAUGUAAAUCAUGAAAUUAUAAGGACUAUUGUGCGAGUUUGCAAAGACUUGAAGAUCAUUGAGCUUCCUGGUUGGCGCAGAUUUGGUGAUGAUGAGCCAUUGAUUUGGCUAGCAGAUGGUUGCAAGAAGCUGACGGACAUCUGUCUAGAAAACGUGGAUUGGAUAGUAGACGAACAAAUUGUUUUGUAUAUGAUGAAUAAGGGUAUCAUCUUCCGCUGGGAAUUGGGCAGCAAUUGGCCCGAUGAUGAAUUUUAUGUUUUUCGAGAUUUUAAAGAGAGAUACUAUGAUAGCGACGAUGAUGAUGGCUACGGACCUAUUGGUGGUUUCGGAAAUAUAUUUUAAUUUCCUUUAAAAAAAAUCAAUGGUAUUCUCUAUUGAACCGUGAUCCAAUCUUAUUGAAAUCAUUUUGAUCUGUACGAUCUGUUUAAUAGAAAGUUUAAUUUUUUUGUUAAAGUUUUGAAAUUAAAUCAGAGAACUGGAUUAAAAUAUAUUUUUUUAUGAAAAUAUAGACAAAAAGUA